UAGAUAACUUCCUGUUCUGUUUUUUCCCCAAAUAUUGGAAAAUUACGAAGAUUCAACCAAAUGUGAUGUGUCGGGUGUCUGUUUUGCCAUUAUAAGCACACUACACUCUAAAGUUAUUCGUGUGUUUUUGCCUCCCUUUUCUAUCUGAUAUAUUUUACAAUACAGUAAACCAUAAAUCCAUACAUCACAUUAACGUUACCUGUCUUGACUUCACGCCCUCUUCCAACAUUCUCGCCCCGGAGUGAUUCAAGUCAUGCUAGCACAGCACCGGGUUGAGUCGUAAUACACGUUUUACUACGAUUUUUAAACCCAGCCACAGCCCCAGACAUGCCCGACACGGGUUCAAAAGUGUCUGAUCCACAGCAUUCCCAGAAACUCCUUCAGGUGCUGCGAUCCUUCUGGCAGGAGCAGAGCUUCCAUGAUGCACUGCUGGUGGUGGACGGAGAAGAACUUCCCGUUCAGAAGAAUAUUCUGGCUGCUGCAAGCCCUUAUAUAAGGACCAAGUUAAACUACAAUCCUCCAAAGGAAGAUGGCUCUAUGUACAGAAUUGAACUCCAGGGAGUCUCCAUGGAGACCAUGAAACAGAUCCUGGACUAUAUUUUCAGUGGUGAAAUCACACUGAGUGAGGAGAUGGUCCAGGACAUGGUGCAGGCUUCAGACUUGCUGCUCAUGACUGACCUCAAGUUACUGUGUUGCCAGUUUUUGGAGAGCUGCAUCACUGCUGAGAACUGCAUUGGUAUCCGUCUCUUCUCUCUUCAUUACUGUCUGUACCAUGUACACUAUGCUGCUACCGAGUUCCUACAGACACACUUCAGAGAUGUGGCUCUCACAGAGGAGUUUAGAGAGCUGCCUCAUGAACGGCUCUGUGAGAUCUUCUCUAUGGAGAAACUAAAUGUAGGCAAUGAGAAGUAUGUGCUGGAAGGGGCAGUGCGGUGGUUUGCUCAUGAUCCCGAGGAUCGCAGGGUACACAUGAGAGAGGUGAUGUCCACUGUGUGGACGCAGGGCCUAGACCUGAGUUACCUCAGAGAACAGGCACUGGGUGAGCCCCUGAUGAGAGAAGUGGUCAGAGACUACUGUCAAUCUGUAAUAGGGGCUGGGCAGCUGCAGGGAGAAGCGCUAUUGGCAUCAUUUAAACCUCGGGGCUACUCUGAGUGCAUUGUAAUUGCUGGAGGAGAAGAUCGCAAAACUCGGAAGCCGACUGCUGUGACCCGCUGCAUGUGCCCUCUAUAUGACCCCAACAGACAGGCCUGGAUAGAGCUGCAGCCCAUGAGCUCUCCCCGACUGGGACAUGGGAUGGUGUCUGCUGAGGGUUUUCUGUUUGUGAUGGGAGGGACAGAUGAACACAACAGGAUACUGGACACUGCAGAGAAAUACGAUCCCGAUACAAACAGCUGGAGCCCUGUACCACCAAUGCUGCAGGCCCGGCAGAACUUUGGUAUAGUGGAGUUGGACGGGCUGAUCUACAUCCUGGGAGGAGAGAAUGAGGUGAUGGAGCUGAUCUCUGUGGAAGUGUUUGACCCACACUUCAACACAUGGAAAACACAGACAGAUAUGACUAUGGUCCGCAAGAUUGGGUGUUAUGCAGCGAUGAACAAAAAGAUCUAUGCCAUGGGAGGGGGCUCCUAUGGGAAACUGUUUGACUCUGUGGAGUGCUUUGACCCAAAGACCCAGCAGUGGACUGGCCUGUGUCCCCUGAAGGAGAGGAGAUUUGGGUCUGUGGCGUGUGGCAUUGCACAGGAGCUGUAUGUGUUCGGAGGAGUCCGGAGCCAAGAAAAUGAGAAUCCAGAGCAGAGACAGAUGAUGACCUGCAAAUCUGAAUUUUACCAUGAUGAGCUGAGGAGAUGGAUGCUGUUGGACGACCAAAGUCUUUGUAUUCCGACCAGCUCUUCCUUUGUGUACGGGGCUGUGCCUAUCGGGCCAAACAUCUAUGUGGUUGGAGAUCUUGACACAGUUUUUUGUUUCUUACAGGUACUAGUUUUGACUACAUUCGUGAAUUUCGUAGAAGCACUGGAACCUGGCACCGGACCAAGCCUAUGUUGACCUCUGACCUGUCCAAAACCACCUGCACCUCACUGCGUUUCGCCAACUGUAAACUGUUCAGACUGCAACUGCACCAGGGCAUGUUCCGCAUCCGAGUGGGGCUCUGAUGGCAUACAGGCUCCUUCUUCAUAUACACACUGGUACAGUCUGGUUUGGAACAGGCCAAAGAACAUUUUUACCUUUUUAACUUUAUGUGCUAGAAUCAUGGUAUGUGUCCUGAAUUCUCAUUUGCUCGGUGAUGGGAAGAAGCCUAAAUAACAAACUGUAAUUGUAAUGCAGAGGGUUUGCGCUCUGAGGACUUUUCCUUUUGCACACCCUUUAUGUGACUGCUAACUAUUUGGUUUCUGGGUAUUUUUUAAACUCGUAAAACUAGAAUGAACUACUGUUGUACUACUAUCUUACUGUAAUCUACAAUGGAUCUCACUAGACAAGGUAGACCAGUUAAAAACAAGUAUUUAUUUUCACAGUAAUGCCUAAAAACAUCAGUGUUGAGCACAGUGCAGGCACUGUUUUAGUUCUUUUUUAAUGGAACUUUAAACAUGCUAGAGUUGUAUGACACUAGUAUGAUUAUUUUUUAUUUCUUCUGUAACCAUUUUAAAUGACAUGAGGGAAGUGACUAAUGGGGCAGACCUUAAGUAAUCAUCACUACUAUCUGUAAUAUGUCAGUGUGCAACUGUUAGAGUUAGAUAUGCAAACUUCACAGUGAUGCAAAAUGUAAACCGCCCUUCUUUGAAUGUGCCUCCAGCUAUUACUUAUGCAACAAUGAAACCUUGUUCAAACUAAAAAAAAGCAAUAACAAAAAAAUAAUUUAAAAUACAACUUUUCAAUCAUUUAUCUGUAAUACCCACCCCUUUAAUCACAGAAUCUUUAUAUUUACAUAACUCAACACAGGAACUGAUACAGAGGAAAACAGUCUCUUAAACAAUAUGCCUGUGUAAUCCCUCAGUAGUCCAGGUAAUUAAAUUUUUCUUUUGCUUUUAAACACUAGUGAAACAAGCUGGAGAUGAGUGUAGCAUCUCUUCAAGUCUGCCCUUUCCCAUGCACUGUGUGACGGGUGGACUCUAGAGCACAGGCACUUUACCUGAUAAUCACUUUUAUCAUGGACUGGGCUGAAGUGCAGAAAUAGACCUCAUGUCUGUCACUUCUGAGUGGCUCUAUGUGUUUGGCUGCCUGUGACCUUUGACCUUGCUUUCCAGUCAGGACACUUUUGGCAGCCAUUGACCCCCAUUUGUUCCUUCAGCUGCUGCUGUCUGUCGUCAGGUGCACACUCCAUCGUUCCCUGAAAGCGGCACUGUUUCAUUUCCAGUGGAACAUUGUCUUUGUUACUAUAGGCCUGUCAUGAUAACACAUUCUGAAGUGUGAUGUACUGCUAAAGUAAAUAUAUACACGAUAAACGAUAAUAUUGUAACUAAACCGUGAAGCUGAAUUAUUCCCCUUAAAAAGUACUUUAAAAGUACAAUAUUGUUAAAUAUAGUUGAGCUGCAAAUAAAUAAAUAAAGUUAUAAGUUCAUCAUUUUAGUUAAUAAUUCAGCCUUCAUCAGCUCAAAUCUUAUACUGCAGAAAAAAUAAUAAAAAAUUUCUCAGUAGUACAAAGAAAAGGUACACACAAAUAAAUAUUGACCCCCCCAAAUUAUUGUUCCAUCUGUCAUAUAUUGAACGAUAAGUCAAUAUAGUCAUUAUCAUGACAGGCCUAACAUUGGAGUUGUAGUUGGUGGCACAAUUUUGACUUGAAAGUUGAUGUAAAAACAAAUCAAAUCAGGUAUUUAUUACAACACUAAAUUCAUUGGGACCGCCUGCCUUAUGGAGACAAAAAUUAUGAAAUUUAUUAAGUAAUAGAUCAAUAGCAUAAUUUAAAGCAAUUAUUUCCAACGUGGGGGUCAGUAGUUAAAUUUGGGGACCCAAAAUACUUAGGGGGUCCCCAAGGGUUCUUAAAAAAGAGGGUCAAACUAGAUUGUGUGAAUUUUAAAGAAGGUAUGAUAUCUUAAUUCCUUCUAUAUAGUGUUUUAAAAUCAUUACUGUUAUGUAACAUCUUUUAAUCAAAAAUUAUAUUUUUGAUUUUUUAAUAUAAUUGUAUUUUCCCACUACAGUACAGUAACUAUUUGGGCAACCAACAUAUCAAAGGGCAAAAUAGGGGUUUCUGUAAGAAAAAGUUUGGGAACUACUGGGGAAGUUAAGAUGUGGGUUGGUGAUGUAAUGUAAUGUCCCCAAAAAGCAUAGAAUGUCCGUAUGUGUGUGUUUUUUUUUUUUUCUUAUACUGAAAAACUUCAGGUUAAUGUCCAUUAUUUGAUUUGUACACAAAAGUUUAAACUAUAGUAUCUUGUGUCACAGAAAUUAAUGUACUGAUAAAACUAGGAAAUGCUCCAUCAGGAAUAUUCAUAUUAACUUCAUAGUAGAAUUUUGUUUACUUUAUUGUGUAUUUUCACUGACAGAGGAGUUACUGUACCAGUGUUCAAAAAGAAUGUACAUUUUUUGUGUCACUGCUUCAUCACAAUUUUGUUCUACCAAAUCAAAUGCUACCUGGAGUGUAAUACAAAAAUAUACAAUUGUGUCUCAAUAGAGUGAUUCAUAUGCACACAGUCUUAAAAUCACCAUCUUACUCAGUAGUGUCCCAGAGUGUGCGUUGUUCAGAUCAAAAUGAAAGGGAAUAGUUAUCAGUUUGAGUUUGAAAUGUUCUUGUGUGAGACACUGCUGAGUUGUGAAAGAUGGGAGAGCAAUGGUUUUCUACUUUUUGUAACUUAUGCUUGAGCAACUCUUUGUAAACGUCAUCCAUGUGUCAUCCAUUCACGUCAGAGACAAUAAAGCAACUACUGGGAUAAA